CCCGCAGGCCCCGCCGCCGCCAUCUUUGUUAGGGGCAGCCGGGCCUGGUGUUUGGAGAUGCCGAAGUCGUGCGCAGCCCGGCAGUGCUGCAACCGCUACAGCAAUCGCAGGAAGCAGCUCACCUUCCACCGGUUCCCGUUCAGCCGCCCGGAGCUGCUGAAGGAAUGGGUGCUGAACAUCGGCCGGGGCGACUUCGAGCCCAAGCAGCACACAGUCAUCUGCUCCGAGCACUUCCGGCCCGAGUGCUUCAGCGCCUUUGGGAACCGCAAGAACCUGAAGCACAACGCGGUGCCCACGGUGUUCGCCUUCCAGGGCCCCCCACAGCUGGUGAGGGAGAACACAGACCCUGCCGGCCCGAGUGGAGAUGCUGCCUCCGAGAAGGGAAAGGUCCUCCCUGAGACGGGGGCCGGGGAGGGUGGCCCAGGGAGGAAGGUGGACGCGACGCUCGAAGCGCUGCAGCUGCCCCCGGACGCUGGAGGCCCCGGAGCACAGGUGAGGCCGGGCCAGGUGCGAAGGCAGCAUGUGGCUGGUCUCAGCUCGAGGGGAUUUGCUUCAAACAGAAGGAAGAAAACAUGCCUGAACCAGAGCACCAGGACGUGUAGCCUGGAUUCAGACCUCACCCGUGAACUGAGCUGCGACUGGGCAGCUCUGGGCUUCGGGAGGGCUUGGGGAAGUGCGUCCUGCCGCCCUGGCCGCUGCUUGUCUCUCACUGACCUCUGUCCUCAGGUCCCGCCACACAGACCGGAAGCCACUGGGGUCCCUGGUCAGCCGGCCAGCCCCACACAGCCGUCCGAUCACAGCUACGCCCUUUUGGACUUAGACGCUCUGAAAAAAAAACUCUUCCUGACACUAAAGGAAAAUGAAAAGCUCCGCAGGCGCCUGAAGGCCCAGAGGCUGGUGAUGAGGAAGAUGUCCAGUCGCCUGCGUGCCCGCGGCGUGGGGCAGCCGGGACUCCAGGCCAGGCUCUGGCCGGGGCAGCAGAGCUGAGCCCGCCAGCUGGGCCUUCUCCGCCGAGCCACCGGGAGGAGGGGCAGUGGUCUCGGGGCUCUGGCCGUGGGCGGACCUUUCGGUCCUGCCCUGACAUUCGGCCCGUGCCACCUCGUGUGAAGUGUAGUGGCCUCGGGCUGGGAGGGGCGGGGCGGGGCCGUGAGCACUACAGCUGGUCCUCCCUCCGGCACAAGCUGGCCGAGCAUCCUGGGAACCACAGCCUGAGGAGCCGUCCUGGGCCAGUGUGGCUGACCCUCCCCAGAGGGGACGGAACGCGUCUCCUUGAGGGGCAGCUGGGCCCAGGGGCGCCGGCACCCUCCAAGGCAGCGAGUGGCCCCCCGUCGCCUGGGCGGCCGGCUCUCCAAGUGGCUGAGGCUGGCUUCUGUCCUAGGAGCGCCUCCCUGCCCGGCCAGGCGUGAGUGAGCAGCGUAAUAAAGUGUCUUCCUACGCUGCGCUGCGCGUUUCCUCCUUUAUUGAAAAACAAGGGCGCGCUGGCUGGAGGUUCCCUCUCCUGGCGCGCCUGGCCGCUCCUGACGCCGCCUGCCUGCCUGCUUCCUGUUGCAGGGCCAGCAGGGCAUGACCACCUUUGACUACCAACAAAAGGUGCCUUUAGUUAAAGAAAACAGGAAUCCUAGCCUAUGUGACCUCCUAACUUGGACUCCGUUUCUCAGGCAAAUGUGUGACACAGAAAACUGAUCUGCAGCUUCAAGUCAAGCCUUGUGGUUCAAAAUGUGGUUUGCACCGUAGGCAUAAAGGGCAGAACGAGGCCUGUGAGGAGGGGCGCGUCCCUCAUUCCGCUCACUCCUGAAGUGAACACAGACGCACGGAAACGCUGCCCCUGGCUCUCAGGAAAGGUUUAUUGUGGUAAGAGAGUGUCCCCUGUACAGUGACCUGCCCGCCGGGCAGGGACGCAGGCUGCGGCCGAGGUCGGACUCCGCUAACGCGACGGUUAUUGCAUGACGUACAUUCAGAGCGGCAGCUCGCAGGAAACCUUUUUGAAGUGGAGAUAAAUAGUACAGAAUUGGACAACCUGAACUGAGUUUUAAAAGUGGAGGAAGGGGGUUAUGAGUGAUUUCUCCGGUACCAGCGUCGGGAGUGAAGCCUGAUUUUGACAGUAGCUGCGGAGCGGCUGUCAGAGCCACCAGCAGCCAGGCCUCUGCUCCCCCGGUAACUUCACAGGCCAGGCUGUGCAGGAGGCUCCUGGUCCUGAAAUAUUCUGCAUCCACAAAAGAGGCAAGUGAAGGAGGGGGGUCCUGGGAGCAGACACCCAAAAGGGGGUCCCGGUGAGGAAGAGCUGGACUGGCCAGGCGUGGGAGCAGCUGCGCCGCCUGCCGGAGCCCCGCGUCCCCUUCUCCUCCUGAACUCCGCGCUCUAGUGGGGCUGAGCUGUGUGGGGCGGGGCGGGAAGCAUCGCAUUUUCCUGCGAGGACACGGGUGGCUCCUGGGACCCGGACUUCCACCCUCUGUCCCAAGCCAGGUGCCAGUGGAAUGGCUUGAGUUCUGGGAGGGGAAAAAAAGAGACUAAUUUCCAAAACCAUUUGUUCUCAGAUAAAAAGCAGAUUUAUAAACCCACACAAUCCUCUCCAGAUUCACUUAGUGAUAUUUCAGCAGGAAAAGGUGGUUUUCAGGAAGCUGACCGAACAGAUGCUCACUUGACUGGGAGAUUCUGCUCGUGGGGACUCCUUCCUUCCACUUCGUUUUCCACGUUCAGUGUGGAUUUCAGGAAAAGUAGUUCACAGUCCUAUGCGUGAGGGCAAGGUGUUCAUGAGUACCUCACGGCAGACCAAGAGCUACUGGGGGGGGUCACAGCCGGCACGCGUGCUGAGGAACCUGGGGAGGGACCCGGAGGCUCCAGGGGCCCAGGGCCCUUCCUGGCAGGACACGAUCCUUGGGAACAGACACGGGCUGUGCUGUGGUUCCGGUCCGGGUGGGGCUGCCUCAGUCCUACCUACAGCACCGGGAAAGCGGGGUGCCUGCGGGUCCCUUCACAUAAUUGAUACAGUGCCACCUUCUACAGAAAUACAUAAUAAACACAUCUGACGUCUG